AUGGACAUGGAGACGGUCAACUCCAUGGAUUUUGGAGAAUUCGUGGAGGUGUUUGGCAAUGUCGUUGAGCGAUGCCCUCUGGUGGCCGCCGCCGUCUGGUCCCAGCGCCCGUUCUCUGACCCAGCAGAUCUAGAGCGGCAGUUUUUCGCCUUCAUCGAUGCCCUGCCACAGUCAGGCAAGGAGGGUGUCCUCCGUUGCCACCCGGAUCUGGCGGGCCGCGAGCUGCAACGGGGGACGCUCACGGCUGAGUCGCAGCGGGAGCAGAGCGGAGCGGGGCUGACGAGCCUGGGCGCGGCCGAGCGGCUCCGGCUGACCGAGCUCAACGCACAGUACCGGGCGCGCUUCGGUUUCCCCUUCGUGCUCGCCGCGCGCCUGAGCGACCGGGCGGCCGUGCCACGCGAGCUGGCGCGUCGCCUGCUGUGCCCGCCCGAGCUGGAACUGCGCACAGCCCUGGAGGAGGUGAAGAAGAUCGGCCACCUGCGCCUCGCCGACCUCCUGGGUGCCGACCCUGCCAAGCUGUAG